CAGCUGAUUGAUGAUGGUGUGACCGUAUGGUCGAUUUCCCGUUGCCCAUCUGCUUGCUGCACACGGGGUGAGUGCCGUCGUGUUGACACACCGCCUAGCACUCCCGCCAGCGCUGUAAACAUAGUAGAAUGAAGGAAGUCGUAAACCGGACCGAAGGCGCACGAAGAGAAUGAGUGACUCGUUUGUUAACUCUUUCGCGAGUUCGCGGUGAAGACAAAGCAAUAUUUGGUGUAAAAGUAGGAACGUAGCGUAGGUAGAGCGCUCGCACAGUGGAGUGGCUGUGUUACUUUGCGCCUCAACACUAUGAGAAGUGCGUUCGCAUACGUUGACGCGUGUCUCCAGCCUGCAUUGUGCCAUCGGAGAUUGGCAGGCCGGCGGAUUAUUACGAAGUGAAUAAUAAUCGAUUGGUGAGUGACGGAGAGUGAGUACCGCCUGACGAUACGUACAUUUGGCACGCUCACCAAAGUGUGUGCGGUGGAGGCCAAUCGGUCGGUGUACCGAGUCAAUGCGAGUCACUCUGGCACUGGCAUUGCACGGCUGGUGUUGUCGUCGCUUUCGUCAGUCUCUGAACAGCCUAUGAACGAACAGCACGCGGAAAAGUGGUGUUCCUGCGUUGAUCGAGGUCGCGUGUCAAUUUGAUAUAUACAAUUCAACACACAGCAGCAGUACAGCACAAAAAAUUGCGAUUGGCGGUUUUAAAGAGCAAACAACUGGGUGGCCAGCUGGAACAGAAUAAAGGACAAUUUUUGAAAAAAAAAAAACAAUAAAAAAAUACCAAGUGUCUGUUGUACUUAAAGGAUACUUAGUAGUGUUGUGCCAGCAAGGAUCGAUCAGGUGUUGGAACCGGUUCGGUACAAUCAGACGAACCUGCACAUUCUGGUGCUUUGCUUAGUGGUGUCGAAAGUGAAAACUGUCUUGCCCGGAAGCAGUGCCGUAAUUAAAAACCUAAAGAUAUCUCAAUUACAAAAUAUUUAACAGCUCUCUUCAAAAAUAGAGUGCAUAUUAGGGGCGAACGAUAAAACCGCCAGUAACAGCAGCAGCAGCAGAAGCAAGUGUAGAGUGCGAACGGCGGUGUGUGUAUAGUAAGUGUAAGCGCGGAAAGCGUAGAGAACGCGUACCAAGCGAAACCAAGUGGCACCAGAAGCAGCAGCAACAGCAGCAAAUCUUGUCUUAAAACGGUUAAUAAGAAACAGCUAACGGCAAGGUCGUAUCUCGUGAAGAGUGGCCACAGUGUCGAGUGAAGAGUAAAGGUGCUUUGCUGGGUGAGAGGAGACAGGUGGGGAAGAAUCUGAAAGACGAAAAAUUGCGGUUCAAAAGAGAAGAGCGAAAAAAAACUAUCCCCUCACCGUCGUCGUCGUCGUUGUCUGCAUUAUCGCCAACGCCGUCGUCGUUUAACAACUCUGGUGGAAAAGCAGCGCAGGACUGAAAUCUAUUGUAGCCAUUUGAAUUAAAAUUGAAAGAAGUGAGUGAACGAAUUUAGAGCGUGAACUAAAAACCAGUGUGAUCGGCAAGUGAGCGAAUUUUUGAGACGCGGUGUUGUAGCGGCAGGGGAAGAGUGCACUACUCCUGUUGCGGAAGAUAACCAGAAUAAUUACGGACACUGGGGCCCACAAGCGAUUUUACGACCGAAGGGUCAAGAAAUAUUAAAACAAACUGCGCCAAACGGAUUGCUUUGGAUUAUUCUGUGUAGCAUUCACCUACAAAAUCCACACCGAAGAAGAGCACCGCGCACUGGUGGAUGAGACGACGAGAAGAGUAUUGUGAAAUCCGUCGUCGCUAGAGACUGUGAUUUAAUAAAAGAGAAACUAUUUGCGGGGCUUUGCGAGUGUGUACCCGCUCCGAAUAAGUGGCAGUAGCGCAGCAAAUAGCACCGAAAGUGAAGUGCUGCUGGGGGUAAAGACAUGCUAUAGAGAGACGGAAAUACGCACCCGUAGGUUUUGGUUCGUGAAAAAAAGUGCUUGAAACGGUUCAAAAAUUAUAGUUGGUGGGACACUCCGUUUGCCCCGGGCGCACUGUCGACGCCGCAUACCAUGACUCUGCCGACCAACAACAACUCCAAUGUUGCCGAGGAAGAUUCGGACAUCUUUGGACCCCCGCACACAUCUCCGCCGAUCCGACGAAACAGACCGAAAGUUCCGAUGAUUUCCGCCCAGUUACGAAUGCGCGAGGUGCGCAAGCGGAUCUUGCAGCUGUGUGUCCACAAGCUGGAACGUAUCAGGGACUCCGAGCGGAAUCUGCGCCGCUCGGUGUGCAUCAACAACACCUAUUCCCGGCUGACAGAUGACAUCCGGCGGGAGAAACAGCACAAGUAUCUUAUGCUGAACCAGUUAACCAAAUCUGACAGCAAAUCUGAUUCUGACAGUGCAAACAACAAUAACCUCAAUGUCAACAAUAAAAACAAUGAAAACCUAAACCAUAGCAACCAUUUGCGAAGACCUUCCGAUUUCGCCAGUAGCAAGAGCAACAGUAACAGCAGUAUUACGACUAGCAACAACAACAACAACAGCAACAAGUUUACCGCACCAGAAGAAUCCAAACCAGCAAAGAAGUCCUCCUCGGUGGAUACCGAUCUCGAAACGCUAGAUCGCGAACUGUGUGCACUGGAUGCGGCGAUGCCUUUGGUGGAUCCGGAAAUCACCCAGGGGGCCGAGCAGCUGGAACAGGCGAUGGUCUCACGGAAGCGCAAAUUCUCCCAGAUGGACGACGAGGACAACGACCGGCUGGUGCGGGAAGCGCUCUCUCAGUUCUAUCUACCCAGCAAUCGGCUUCUCUCCGGCAUCGAUGACUGUCCACCGCACCUGCUAAGCUCAACCCCGUCGUCAGUUACAGCCCUUUCGUCGCCUUCCUCCGUCGAUGCUAAACGUACCAAAGUGGAUCUCCUUGACAGCGGCAGUACAGCGCAUCAUCAUCAUCAUCAUCAUCAUCAUCAUCAUAACAGCGGCAGCAACAAUAUCACCAACAGCCAUCACCACCAACACCACCACCACCAUCAUCAUCAUCAUCCCUUUCACUCGCUACCGGAUCUGAACGUGGCGCUUGAGCUUUCGAGCCAAAGCCACCACCAACAUCAGAAAGACUUUGAGGUAAUCAUGGACGCACUGAGGAUAGGAGCGGCGGCUGCCGCUGCCGGAAACGGCAUGGCUGGACCGGGAGCGACCGGUUGCAACCUUGUCGGUAACAUCGACUCGUGCGGCCAGGCGGCAAUGAUGAUGAUGAGCGGCGAGACUGGCAGUGUGUUCCACAACCUGGUGGUGACGUCGCUGGAAACCUGAAAGUAGGCCACGGCUAAUAAACUCGGUGGUCGCCGCUGUAGCAUCGCUACCUCCCCAUUAGUACAAUCCUGGAUGAUCAACAGCAGCAGCAGCAACUUCACCAUCACCACCCCUGGCGCUGGUACCACCACCACCACCACCACCAGCGGAAGCAGCAGCAGCAGCCCGGAACGGCAAUAUCUAUUACCGACGACUUUCGGUGACAUCUGCUACAAUUGCCUUUAAAUUGCAUUGAUCUAAACCCAUGCCUGUAACGCGAGAAUGUAACAUACCAACGCAUAGAGCAUCAUUAUUUAAAACACAAGUUCGUAAGCAUUACCUAUCAGCAUAUUUAUAUCAUUCUCUUUUUUUUUUUUGUUAUUUUGAAAACAACAUCAACGCACUCACUGUCGGGGGCUGUCGAAUGCUUUCGUAAUGGGAUUCGCGAGCGUCUGCUUUGAUUGCGAAAAUCGCUGACACACUAACACAAGCGCGCCUGCAAACCCCGUAGCAGCCAAUGACGGCGAAUCGUGUGUGAAGCAAACGGGGCAGAAAAACAACCCAUCCAAGGCAGUAGUGCUGGCAAAGGCAAAGCGAGGGAAAAUGCAAGUGAAAGUGCUAGAAAAACCUAACUUAGAGCGUGCCUUGCUUAGCUGCUCGCGGCUGGGAUGGUUUCGCGUUUUCUAGCUGCACCACCUCCGACUCCCCAACACAGUCCCCGUCCUAGGGUCUGGACGGAUGGGGAGGCGCGCAUAAGACGCGGGUGAAAAAAAAACUAGUUAAAAUACCGAUCCAAAGCACCGGUUGGGUAAUCCGAGUCGUGGCCCUCCCCGUCGUUGUUCGACAGCCGCGCGUAACAAGAGAAGCGAAGAUGUCCGACUGUUGUUUUCGAUAGAUUCUAGUUAGUUUAGCUUUAUCGUUGCCAAAAUUACUAACGUUUGUCUCCUGUCACAGGAUAAUCAAACAAAAACACCCUAAACUCGCAAACAUUUUAUUUUAAAUCCUCGUAAGCACGUAAAAAGCUCGCAAACGGAAGCCUGACGGUACGCGGUUUUUGUUUUCCUCUCUUUCACUCUCUUUUUGCUGACCUACAAAAUGCUAAGUUGAAGAUGAAAGUUUCCUUUUUAGUAGUAGCCAGUGUACGGCCCACAGCGUUCGUAUGCAUACAUGCAUACAUAUGCGCACGUACGCACAUACACACCGCGACUGGCAGGCGAACAAUUGGAAUGGGGGAAAAUUAUAGUAAACAGUAUCUGUGAUAUUAGACGUUAAGGUGCGUAAGUUAGGGCGUAAUUUAGUGAUGAAGAGUGCGACCCAAAGUAAUUUCGCGGUUCGCAGUAGAGCAACAAUAACGCUAGCUUCGUGUUUGGGCAAGCCGCGCCGAUUUAGAUUGCAGGUUUGUUCAUUCAUACAACAAUCGAACAACAGAAAAAGAAAAAAAAAUCAAAACCAAACUAUUCCAAUAACUAAGCGAUGAGCAAGAAAACAUACUUGAAAAACCGAAAGCGUAAUUUCGCCUUUUCCAUUUUAUAUAGUUUUUCUCGUUGUAAAAUUUCUUUGAAUAGAGCGCGUUUCUAAAUUCGUAGAAUUUAAACCAUUUAGUGCGAAGGCAUGCCAAGUGAUUAAAGACCAAGUAGAAAGUGUACACUGUUAGGUUUCAAACUAUACUAAGUACCCUUUAUACCGAAUACUAAUCAAUAGAUUGCAUAGAUUGGAUGAAUGUGUGUGUACAUUAAAUCGAACCGAAGUCGAUAGUGAAAGUAAGACCAAAGCAUAAAAAAGAUCCUCCUCUUUCCAGUUUUUAAGAAACCAAUCUUCAGCCAAAAUCCAAAAAAAAAAGAUAGAAUCACGAGAUAGUGUACUGUCGAACCGUCGCACACAAACAAUUGCCCUAAUUCGUUUGCCAAUCGACACCGAGGAAGUCAUCGUUAAAUAAUUGUUGAGCAGCAAUUUUUUACUUUCUUUUUAAAAAACUCAACUUAUCAACAAACCAACCAAUCAGGAUUGCGCAGCAUUCCUCCGGAUCUCCUAUUAACUGUCUCUCUUCCUAUACCUUCCUCGGCUGUCAAUAUGUUAAAUCACACUUUAAAAUCAAGGGUUGAGUUUUGUACUUAAGUGUCGCAUUUCGAAAGAGAAUCUUUGUUCAGGACCAAAACUACUAUUCAAACUUCCAAAAAACAACAAAUAACUGUAAUACAGCAUAAUAGACUGGUCCCUAGUACCAAGCCUCAUAGAAACGAGAGAAGAAGAAAAACCUGUAAAAUAGAUACCCAAAGUGCUUGAAUUUGUUAAAUUGAGAUGCACCCACUGUAAAUUGUAAUUUUGUACACCGGAAUUCAGUAGCAUAUUUUAGAAUGAGAAAAUUAACAACCAACCGUUUCACCGAGUCGCGUUUGCUCCUACCUUCUAUCAUUUUCCUAUUCCUCCACGCGAGCCAAAACCCACCAAAAGCCACUAAAAAAAAUCAAGCCAACGUUUGUUCUUCGAAUGCCAGAACAAAUCAAUGAUGAUCAUUGUAAAACUCAUUCCGUCGAGGGCGAUCGACUCGCAAAAAUCGCUAAAUGUUUUCCUUCUGCCAUUCAUUUAGUGCCCUUCCUGAUCCCUGUUUCAGCAGUUACCUAGUAAUUUCUAUUAAAAAAUAAGGGCUUCAGUGUCAAAAGUGGCUUAUAAAUCCUUCUUCAGAUGGUAGCCUUAUCCUGUUAGAGCGCCUUUUUUGCAAUGUUUUUUGUUUAGCCAUCAUCAGAGUUAGCAUAAUUGUUAGUUUUGUUUUUUCGUUUUAUUAUUUCUAUUCAAACACAGAGCAAAUAGUCUCCUGCUUUGGCAAAUACAUCAUGUGCAACACAUCUUUUGUAAUUUAUUCUCGUUUAUCCUCAAAAAAAUCUUUCCUAGUUUAAUUUUAGAUCAGUUUCCACGUUUUUAUCUAAUUAAUUUAUGCAUUAUAUUAUCGGUUAGUAGCUGUGUACGAUUACUAGUAGGAUUAUUGUAAAACGAUGACGAGCGUAAACCCGCUCGUGCUACAAUCUAAAUUAAAUAUAUGCGAAAAAUCUAUAAAUAAAAUAACAAACAUAUACAAAUAAGGACACUUAUUGUUGUAGUAGAAUUUUAUCUUCACAAUAAAUGUACCUGGAAAAUCAUAAA